AUUUGAUCAACAUCUGAUUCAACUACAUCUGUGAACACCUUCAGGCAAGCAGAGUUGCAGUAUGCAUCAGCAAUAUGUUUCAGUGUUACUCUGCACCUUGAUUUUGGCUUCCCUCUCCAUAACAGGAGCUGAGAGUGAAGAGAGGUCUUUUAGUGUGGAUGAAGAUGACAAGGGGAAUGAGGAGAAGCACAUCAUGCCGUACUGGAACAUGUGGUCUUCAGAUUUCUAUGGCUGGAUGGAGGAGUUAAGAGCUCAGGCAGCAUAUGACACCUUACUGGACUUGGCAAGAACCUACUGGGCUCACUUUCCCAUCGCCAGCUAUUUAGGUUAUGACUCCAUCCCUAAUGAAAAUGACCAAACAGAAAAGGAGACAAACAACUAACAAUGCCUGGCAAUGUGUUCUCUCACUAGAUCCCAUUGGUGUUAUUAUACCUUAAAGCGUCUUGACAUUGGUCAGUUUGGACCACUUCUAUUUGUUCAUUGUUCAUGAUUAAAUUUGCCAUUCUCAAUGAAACUGUAAUGGUUAGUUUGAAUUUUGAAUCAUAAUCAUGGUGU